GGUCCCGGGCUUUUCGCGGGCGGGGCUGCUGCAAAGCGUCUCUCCUCCCGCGGAUCCGCAGCUCUCGCCUGCCUUUGUUCUGCUUGCUGCCGCCUAGAGCGGCUGGCAUCUGGUCUCACCUCCUGCCUCUCCCUUCCAGCCCACACCCUGCUUCUGACCAUUAACCCCUUCACCUACCGCUCGGCCCCAGAUCCUGCCUUCCCUCCCCCAAACUUCUGGCGGGCUCCGUUGCCUGAUAGCUUCCUCUCCGUCCCUCCUGCUUCUCCUUUACACCCCACCCCCACACCGGUCCUUCUCUAGCUCCCCUUUCCCCAAGGUGCGGGUCGCUGCGCCUGGCCCCGCCUCUCCAGGCUGGGGAUGCCCCCCGCAGCCCCGCGCCGAUGGUCCUGACGCUUCUCCUCUCCGCCUACAAGCUGUGCCGCUUCUUCGCAAUGUCAGACCCACGGCCUGGCGCCGAGCGAUUAACGGUGCCCGGGCCGGACCGGAGCGGUGGUCCGUGCCCGUGGUGGGCCGCAGGCGGCCGUGGGCCCCACGAGGUGUCGCCCGGGGUAGGCACCGAGGUGCAGGGCGCCCUGGAGCGCUCACUGCCAGAGCUGCAGCAGGCACUGUCAGCGCUGAAGCAGGCGGGCGACGCGCGGGCCGUGGGCGCCGGCCUGACCGAGGUCUUUCAUCUGGUGGAAGAAGCUUGGCUACUGCCGGCCGUGGGCCGCGAGGUAGCCCAAGGUCUGUGCGACGCUAUCCGCCUGGAUGGCGGCCUCGACCUGCUACUGCAGCUGCUGCAGGCGCCGGAGCUGGAGACGCGAGUGCAGGCCGCUCGCUUGCUGGAGCAGAUCCUGGUGGCUGAGAACCGGGACCGAGUGGCGCGCAUCGGUCUGGGCGUGAUCCUGAACCUGGCGAAGGAGCGCGAGCCAGUGGAGCUGGCGCGGAGCGUAGCAGGUAUCUUGGAGCACAUGUUCAAGCACUCGGAGGAGACCUGCCAGCGGCUGGUGGCAGCCGGUGGCCUGGACGCGGUGCUGUUCUGGUGCCGCCGCACGGACCCGGCGCUGCUUCGCCACUGUGCGCUGGCGCUGGCCAACUGCGCGCUCCACGGAGGUCAGGCGGCGCAGCGGCGUAUGGUGGAGAAGCGCGCCGCCGAGUGGCUCUUCCCGCUCGCCUUCUCCAAAGAGGACGAGCUGCUGCGGCUGCAUGCCUGCCUCGCGGUGGCAGUGCUGGCCACCAACAAGGAGGUGGAACGCGAGGUGGAGCGCUCGGGGACGCUGGCACUCGUGGAGCCGCUGGUCGCCUCGCUGGACCCCGGCCGAUUCGCCCGCUGCCUGGUGGACGCCAGCGACACAAGCCAGGGCCGCGGUCCCGACGACCUGCAGCACCUCGUGCCGCUGCUCGACUCGUCUCGUUUGGAAGCCCAGUGCAUAGGGGCUUUCUAUCUCUGCGCCGAGGCGGCGAUCAAGAGCCUGCAGGGCAAGACCAAGGUAUUUAGCGACAUUGGUGCCAUCCAGAGCCUGAAACGCCUCGUAUCCUACUCCACCAAUGGCACCACGUCGGCGCUGGCCAAACGCACUCUGCGCCUGCUGGGUGAGGGGGUGCCGCGGCCCAUCCUGCCCUGCGUGGUCAGCUGGAAAGAGUCUGAGGUCCAGACAUGGCUGCAGCAGAUCGGCUUCUCCCAAUACUGCGAGAGCUUCCUGGAGCAGCAGGUAGAUGGUGACCUGCUCCUUAGGCUCACGGAGGAGGAACUCCAGACCGACCUGGGCAUGAAAUCAGGCAUCACCCGCAAGAGAUUCUUCAGGGAGCUCACAGAGCUCAAGACCUUCGCCAACUAUGCUACGUGCGACCGCAGCAAUCUGGCUGACUGGCUGGGCAGCCUGGACCCGCGCUUCCGCCAGUAUACAUAUGGCCUGGUCAGCUGCGGCCUGGACCGUUCCUUAUUGCACCGCGUGUCAGAGCAGCAACUUCUGGAAGACUGCGGCAUCCGCCUGGGCGUGCACCGUGCCCGCAUCAUCACGGCUGCCCGAGAAAUGCUGCACUCCCCACUGCCCACCACCAUCUGCAAGCCCGGUGGAGACGCCCCGGAUGUCUUCAUCAGCUACCGCAGGAACUCGGGUUCUCAGCUGGCCAGCCUCCUGAAGGUGCACCUGCAGCUGCAUGGCUUCAGUGUCUUCAUCGAUGUGGAGAAGCUGGAAGCAGGCAAGUUUGAGGACAAGCUCAUCCAGAGCGUCAUGAGUGCCCGCAACUUUGUGCUGGUGCUGUCAGCGGGGGCACUCGACAAGUGCAUGCAGGAUCACGGCUGCAAGGACUGGGUGCACAAGGAAAUUGUGACAGCUCUGAGCUGCGGCAAGAACAUAGUGCCCAUCAUUGACAACUUCGAGUGGCCGGAGCCACAGGCCCUGCCCGAGGACAUGCAAGCUGUGCUCACCUUCAAUGGCAUCAAGUGGUGCCACGAUUACCAGGAAGCCACCAUCGAGAAGAUCAUCCGCUUCCUGCAGGGCCGCUCCUCCCAGGACUCCUCUGCAGGCUCUGACACCAGCUUGGAGGGUGCCACACCCAUGGGCCCAGCCAGCCCCUAGUUCCCAAGCCCUGCUGUCACCCUCAUUUCCAUCCCAGCCCCACCUUCCAAGAGUAGCUCCUCAACAGGCCACUCUGGGGCAACCAGGGCUCUUCUCAGGAAACGGCUCUUCCAGUCCCCACCUCACGGUCCCCCAAACCCAGCUUCCUCAGUGUCUGGUGAAAGAAGUCAGGCAUUGUGGCAGUAAGCCACUCCAAACCCUGCCACCAGAUUCUGUCUUGGGUGUGGGGACGUCACUGCUCAGUUCUGGAGUCACUUGAGGUGUCUCCUCCAGCUUGGGCAGGAGGCCCAGCUCCUCUCAGCAGCAAGGGCCUGGGCUCAGGAGCCAGUAGGGAGGAGAGUCCAGCUGUGCCUGGGCCCGGGCUCACCACUCCCGGCUGCCCUAGAGCCACUCAGUGCCCUUAGCUGCCUGGCCAGGCCCUGAAUCUCCCCUCAGCCUUCCUAGGUGCAGCCUCCUGUACACACUGGGCGCAGGGGCAGGCCGAGCCGCCCCAGGCUGGCCAUGCUGCAGCUGCUCUGGCUUUACUGCACUCACUGGUGCCCGGAGGCCCUGCCUGGGCCCAGCCCAGAGCAGACCACACCUCAAAGGGCAGCCAGCCUGCCCCGCCUGUGCCUUGGUGCUGCGCUUCAGACUCCUGCCCUGCCUGGUCUAGCUGGCUUCUCCCAGCCCCUUACCCACCCACUUGUAGGGGGAAGAGGGACAAGGCAGCCCGUGGCAGGAGCAAUAGCUUGGCCAGAACCGGCGGCUCCAUGGGAAGAUGCUGAAAGCAAGAUGCUGAAAGGCAAGUUGUGUAUUAGGGUCACCUGGGAAUUUUGUUAAAAUUACAUUCAGGAGCUCCAGAGUGGGGGCUGGUUCUGCUUUCCUCACACACUGCCAGGUGAGCUGCUGCUGGUGGUUAAGUAGCAGAUCUCUCACAAUUUUUUGCCAUUUCCCACACUCCAUAGUCUCUGUAGUUGUCAGAACCACCCUACCCAGCACAUUCUCAUUUGGCAGAGAAGGAACCUGAGGUUCAGAGGUUGACGGCAUGCAUUUCCCAAGUCCGUGGCAGCCCCAGGAUCCAGCCUGGUCGCCUGGGUUCUGACCGCCGCAGUGAGCCAGCCCUGGAGGUGGCCACCACAGCUGGCUGCUCCCUCACCCCACAGAAUGUGGUAGUGGAGGGGAGGUUUUGAAUGAAAAGCUGGCCCAAGCCUGUACAGAAGUUACUGAGCAAGACCGCCCUUCCCUUCCCUAGGGUAGAGCAAGUGUCCUCCCAUCAGCCACGCCCUGCUCCUGCCCUCCCGAGGACAGUGGCUGACACAAGGCUGGCUAGCUCCAGGGCUGCCCUUGAACAGGUGCAGGCCAGGUCACCCCUAAAUCCUAAACCACGUCUUCAAAGUCCAAGGUCUCACUCUGUGCUUAGGACUCCCCCCCCCCACUCCCUCUUUCCAGACAGUGCUGGUCCCAGCUCUGGCUGACUGCAUCUGACCCUCUGGCCUCCAUACCACACGAGUGCCCGCCAGUGCCAGGUCCUAGAUGCGAGGGGCAAUGAGAUCAGGGGAGGGGGUUCGCCCCCCAGAGCAGAGACACUAACAAUACAGUGUGCUGAGUAUCCUCUGA